AUGAUGAUGUUUGGUGAUGAUGAUAUUAUCAAUGAAAAUACAUCGAACAUAGGUCUUACAUCAUUAACAACACUUAUGGAUGAUUAUCAUUUUCCUCAACCAAUAAUAUCUUCAACAAAUGAUACAUAUUCUCAUCAAUAUUAUCAAUUUGAUUCCAAUUGGUCUGAAACAACAUCUUCAUCUAUACAUAAUCAAUCUCUAAUUACAAAUCGUCUUGUUAAAACAAAACCUAAACGUCGUCGUAUUGCUAGUUUAGCUCAACGUCGUGCUGCUAAUGUUCGUGAACGUCGACGUAUGUUUAGUUUAAAUGAAGCAUUUGAUCAAUUACGUGAAAUUGUUCCUAUAUUUGCCUAUGAAAAAAAAUUAUCACGUAUUGAAACUCUUCGUUUAGCAAUUAUAUAUAUUGCAUUUAUGACUGAACUUGUUCUAAGUGGUAAAACAGUUGAUGAAGCAUCUUUGAAUGCCAAUGUUGUUUUAAAUCAAUGGACAGAUACAUGUACCUAUCAAAUGAAUUCAUCAUCGAUUUGUGAUGAUACACCAACAAGUUGUGGAAGUGACCUUGGUCCAGUUUCAUCAACUUCACUUCCGUCAGUUACUUAUCAACAUCCAGCAGCUUAUUCAAAUCCUAAUACAUGGUUUAAUGGAAUACCUGAUAGUGAACAUCAUCAUCAUCCUCAUCAUCAAACAUCAUCAUCACCACCACCACUUCUAACAACAUAUCAUUUAAAUAAUGGUGAUAUAAUAUCUGAUGUUUAUCGUUUACCACAUGAAAAUGCAAAUUCAAAUUCAUUUUAUGUACCUUAUCAAACAACAGUUAUGAAUUCUGAUAAUGAUGAGAAUGAUUUAGAAGAUGGUUCAGAUGAUGAUGAUGACGACGACGAUGAUGAUGAUGAUGAUGGAGAUUCAACAUAUCGUUUAACCAAACGAAUAAAUAAUAAUUCAACAAAUAAUAAUAAAACAUUAACAACAGGUCAACGUCGUUCAUCACGUCCAAAUGGAUCAAAACGUAAACGAAAACGAGUUUUAAAUGGUGUUCAACGUGCUGAAGCAACACAACGUGAAAAACGACGUAUGCUUAAACUUAAUCGUGCAUUUGAAGAAUUACGAAAAGUUUUACCAGUCACAGAAUUUGCACGAAAUAAAUUAUCACGUUCAGAAACACUUAAAUCAGCGAUUGAUUAUAUUAAUCUUAUGUUUGAUAUGCUUGAUGCUGCCAAAAAUCAUCAUCAUCAUCACAAUCAUCAUCUUCAUCACCAUCAUCCUUCAUCUUGCUUGUAA